AUGCAUCUGGGUCUUGCACUGCUCCAGAACGAAGCUGCUCUGGCAGAGUGUCUGCAAGAUCCUCCUGAAGAUGCUGGGCCAGAGAGGGUGGCUAUGCGAGGCUUUUUUGAGGACCUUAUCACAAGAGAUGACAAGUCAGAGGAAUAUGAUCCUUUCAAGGAAGAGCCUGCACUCACAAGAGAUGACAAGUCAGAGGAAUAUGAUCCUUUCAAGGAAGAGCCUGCACUCACAAGAGAUGACAAGUCAGAGGAAUAUGAUCCUUUCAAGGAAGAGCCUGCACCUAGUGGAAGUGCAGAUGAUGUUGCAGAGCAGCCUGAACUUGAGCAAGGUGGUGGCUGCCAUGAAGAAGAAUGGGAAGAAGUUGCUGUAGAGAAGGAUGUGGACCAAGACUCAGAAGUGGAGCACUACACCAGUUACUAUGAGCAGCACUAUGUCACCACAGCUGAUGGCCAGAGUUUGCAGGAUUGGGCCACUCACUCUGACAAUGGUCCUACUGGUGCUUGGGAGAGGCCUGCUGCCAUCAAGGAGGAGUGGGUUGACCAGGCCAAUGAAUGGACCAGUCCCUCUUCACAAUGGGAUUCUGCUCACCCCACUGGAUGGGUAAGUGCCUCCAGUCAGCACCAAUGGACCAGUGAUGAGUCCAAAGGAUUGGAUACUUCCACCAAGCAAUGGGCCAGUGACCCCAACCAAUGGAGCAGUGCAGAGUCCAGUGAAUGGGGCACUGCCACCAAUCAAUGGGCCAGUGACCCCAACCAAUGGAGCAGUGCAGAGUCCAGUGAAUGGGGCACUUCCACCAAGCAAUGGGCCAGUGACACCAACCAAUGGAGCAGUGCAGAGUCCAGUGAAUGGGGCACUGCCACCAAUCAAUGGGCCAGUGACCCCAACCAAUGGAGCAGUGCAGAGUCCAGUGAAUGGGGCACUGCCACCAAUCAAUGGGCCAGUGACCCCAACCAAUGGAGCAGUGCAGAGUCCAAGGAAUUGGACACUGCCACCCAGAAAUGGUACCCAGGCCAGUUUCAGGCAGAGCCAUCUGCAAAUGACUUCCACUCCAAAGAGCCCAUGGUUAAGGAAGAACUUGAAGGUGAAGACACUUCUUCUGGUGCCAUGGGUGUGGCUGAGAUGACAGGCAAUGCUGGAGUCACUGUGGGUCAAUCCCAAACACCAGCAGGAUAUAGAUGGUGGCAUGGUGAGUUAAUCCCAUUAACUCCAGAGGAGCAAAAAGCUGUCCAGGAAACUCUGAGUGGUGUCCAUGAAAAACGCUGGAAGUCAGGCUGGCAAAAUAGGGCAGUAAUGCUCAUGGCUCUCUACAACAAGGAGAGGUGGCUUGAACUAGACAGAGCUAUGAAGUUGUUUUCCCAGCAUCACUCCACAUACCUGCAAACUCUAUGCCUGGAAAGUGCUAUCCAGAAGUGGGGUGAUGCUGGGCCAAAGAGGCUACCCAUGGUGAGUAACAAAAUUAAAUAA